GAAAUAUUUACAUGCUUGGUUUCGAAGGAUUCUUCUCAAAGACACUGGCUUUGACGAAUACCAACAACAUAUAUAACUCAACAGUUGUGCAAUGGUGAACGAUGGCCCUAUGGCCAAGUGGUAAGGUGUUUCCGAUUUGGGUAUGGAUAUAUUACACAUCAUCACAUGCGGGUGUUGUAUUCCACCGUAUGCCCACUGUUCACUGGAGAUCGGGCGUUCGAAUCGCUCUAGGGUCGUUCUUUUUGGUGUCACUGUGUCAAUUGCAAUAUAGGUGCCUAGUGGCUACUCUUCUCUGCUUGCUUCUAACAGAUUAAGCUUGAAGGAAAUUCACAAUUAGGUUCUUUAUGUAUAUCUAGACUGUGGUCAUACAAACUACACUAAGCAUAGAACUAUCUGCAU